CAGUCUCUCAACUUGAAAGAUUUUAACUUGAAGGCACAAAACGAAAAAAAUUCUAAGUUAGCAAAAUCCAACGCACGUCGGAAAUAUCAGAUAGCUCCUACCUAUGUAAAAGCAUCAAGAGCAUCAAGACUAACUUUUGCUAUGAACGUAACGAUUAAACUUGCCGCUGAUGUAUUUCCUUAGGCAGACUCGUGUAAACAUCUCCCUAAUUCUUUACCAAUCUACGGCAGCACUAUAAUUGGAGCAAUAAUUUUAAAUAUAUGCCGGGAAUUUUAUUUAAAAGGUGAAACAUAUCUAUAUAAUAUAUGUAAGUGGUCUUUCGAAUCGGUCUGCAGAAUACUCCUACGUAUCUACCUUCUUUCCGUUAGCAGCAAGAAUCCAUCGUAGCAUAUUAAGAAGGAGAUUCAAUGUUUAAGGAAAUUUUAUGAAAACAUGUCUACUAGCAGUGAAUACUUGAUAUAUAACAUGAAGUCAGAUGUACACGUACGUUUACGAAAAAAUCCAUAAUACACUUUGUUAAUAGUCACGGAAUUGUUUAUCUACUUGCACUACAGAUAUUUAUAGGUGCGGGCUAAUAAGCUCUCUAAAUAUGGUGUUCUCUGCUUGAUUGUAGUGCACAUUAAUUGUCAAAUCAAAAAUUUUCACAUUAUGAGAAAUAAUUAAACCGUAAAUAUUUAUAAAAGCUUUAUUCUUUCAAAAGUUUAGUUUAGUUGCUUUGAAACAGUCUCAAGGAAAGAAUACUUGUUCUUCAAAAAAAAAAAAAAUGCAAUUAGGUAAUAAAGUAUAUUACUCAAUUGAUUCAAAAGCAAUUAGUUGUAAUUAAUAAAGUAUUCGACAUUAAUUGGACACAUAUGUUUCUUGUGGAUCAUUCAAUGCUUCCAACAACGCGAGCAUUCGAGUGAAACGAGGAUUUCUUAGGCGUAGACAUAUUUCUUACUAUGCCGUCUCUUAUCAACUAUCUUCUUGUAAUUGCCCUUGACCCAUUUUAAAAAUGUUGCUGUGAAUUUCAAAUAAAGAGUGCCUAAAUCAACGAUGAUAUGGACCAAUGGGUCUCAGAUACAUUUUUCUCAUAUUUUCCUGGUUUCAAUAACGAAUAUCAGAAGCGUCAGAAUUACUUGCAACAACAACAGAAUGAAAAUCAUGAAAAAUUAAAGAAAUACCAGAUAUUAAACGCUGAGUCUCGUACCGGAGCUAAGUUAAAAUUAAGAUCGAAAAAAAUUCCCAAUUCAGACUCGGACUUAAAUAUAUGUUACGAUCGCUCAAUCGAUUCUACUUGUUCUCGAAAUGGCGCUAAAUUGCAAGGAGCUGGCAAGAGUGAACUAAAUCUAAUAAAUCAAACUGAUACCACAAAUAAUCAAAUACGCCCAGGAUCAACUCGUUACAAGCUUUUGCAGGAUUUACGUCAUACGGAUUUAGCAAAUGUUACUACUAGUAUACGUAAUCGUCACCAGCAGACUGAGUUAAUAUCAGCGCGGAAGAAGGAAUAUCAACUCGAAUUAUUACACCAAAUUGAGGAAAAACGACGUAAUAUACAGUUGCUAAAAGAGAAAGAGCAGCAACAAGAAGAAGCUUUAACAAGACGGUUACAAGAACAAAUAAACACUAUGAAAUUGGAAGAGCAGCUAGAAAAAGAACAUAUUCGUGCUGAAAAGGUACGCUUCGAAGCAGAACAAAAUCGCCUUCAAAGACAAUAUAUAUUAACAAAUAUAGAGAAAGAUUCAGAUUUGCUUCAAAAGCCUGAAGAUUUAAUUAAUUGCGGCAACGAAGCCAAUAAAGAGAAUUUUGUGUCAUCCAACAAAAAUAGAGUUUAUCAAUACUUUAGCAAUUCCGCUCAUCACCAAUACCGUUAUAAUAAGCUAUCGCCCUCAGAAUCGAUUAACGUCGAAUUUGAAAUUACCCAUCCCGGGACAAGCAAAAUUGAACAGCAAUGCUCUCAUUUAGUGGAAAAAAUAUGCCCAGUAUGCGAAGGGCCAUUAAAAACUUACGAAAAUUUCUGUCUACGAUGUCAAAAGAAUUUGUCUUUGCAUUUAAACACAAUAUCCGCGACAGUCUCUAAUGAGAAAGGAGAUAGUAAUGAAGAUGCGGAUCAAAAAUAUGCUAGACUAAGCUAUUCAUUAAUAUGUGAAAAGUGUGAUCGCUUUUAUGCAUUUUGUCCAAGUUGUUUAAACAAAAGCGAUGUUUGUCGUGCUUGUCGCAGUCAAAGAAAUAUAUGCAUGAACUGCAGGCGUACUCUAUGUUCUUUCUGCUUGGAGGAAGUGGCAUGCGGAAAGGAUACAGAGCAAACACAUAUUAAUGAAUCUGAAGAAGAAAAGACUAAAAUAAGAAAUGCAGUUAAGCCAUCUGAGGCAUCCAUACUUUGUUUUGAAGAAAAUGAUAACGGUAAUGAAAAUGAGUGUCACAUUUUGACUUCGCCAAAUAAUAUGAAAAAUAACCUAAAUAUGGGAGAAAAACGUCCUUCAUAUUCUACAAAUAUAAAAAAAAAUUCUAUUUUUCACGACAAUUACAAUCCUGUCCUCUCUUUAACUAAAAGAUCGAAUGUCGAUAGUCAAAAUUCGAAUGAAGUCAAUUUAAACAUUGACGUUUUGCGUCGAGAUGUUGACAAAAGAUUAACACGCUAUGUAAAAAACUACGGCGAUCUUGCCCUAAAAUCUCGUGGAACGCAGACUACUACUCCGGAUGUAAGGCGAGACGGCCGAGACGUUGUUCUAAAGAGUGAACAAAAUCUGUCGAUUCCACUAUUAAGAGAAAUGCCAAAAAUGACGCGCAAUGAGGCAGGAGAUCUCUUCCAGAAAAAUAACUCAACGCAAUUGGAAAAUCUAAAUAAACGAUGGGAGAUACCCGCCGUUCAAAAAACAUCCAUAUCAUCAACGUCACCUAAUGUCCUGACGCAAGUAGGAACUAUUCGGAAAGAAUUGCAAGCGGAUCUACUGUUUUUAGAUAGGUGCUAUUAAGAUUUUAAUUAUUAU